AUGGAUUUACAGACUGCUUAUCCCGAAGGACAUGUUUUCAAAGAGAAUAAGUUAAAAUAUGCCAAACAUUCAGGUUUUCCUAAGUACCCAGAGCUUAUCAGUUUCCAAAAGCAAUUCGAACAUCCGAAGGACGAAAAUAAUUUGUACAUAAAUCGAAAUUCUCAUACAAUCCAUAAGAAGAGAAAAGCAGAUGAUGCAAAUCUACAAAUGUACGAUGAUUCAUCUGCCCCUAGACUUCACCGUUUACAUGUCCCAUCUUCGCCAAACAAUCAUUUACAUCAUCACCUGGGGUCUCAUGUUAGUUCACUUAUGCAGCACCAGAUGUGUACAUACAAUUCGACAGCCUCUGAUAUCACUUCGGUCAGUGGCUCUGUUUCCGACCUUUGCGCAGUCAGUACUAUGCAACCACAUUUGGUUGGUAUGAAUACAUUAUCAAUGACAGCAUCGAAAGCUAGCUCAAAGUUGACCACAACCGAAGGUGACUACGCCAUCGUCGUAGGAGAAAUGCUGAGUUCUGGGAACGAGGCGUAUGAAGUUCUAGCUUUUCUUGGUAGAGGGACAUUUGGGCAGGUCGUCAAGUGCCGCUGCCGAUCAACUAGUCGUUAUGUUGCCAUCAAAAUACUGAAAAACCUUCCAUCUUAUCUUAGACAAGGUAAUGUAGAAAUUCAGAUUCUACAAACUCUGGCUCAACAGGACACAGAAUCACACAACAUAGUCAGAGCGAUUGAGUGCUUCCAACACAAGAACCAUAUGUGUUUCGUUUUCGAGCUACUGGACCAAAAUUUGUACGAAUACCUCAAAUCAAAUAAGUUCCGCCCUUUGACGCUCUCAGAAAUCCGACCUAUUUCGCAACAGGUAUUAACAGCGUUAUCCAAGCUCAAGACUUUGGGUCUAAUUCAUGCAGACUUGAAACCAGAGAAUAUUAUGCUGGUAAACCCAGGCUCUGAGAGCCUGCGUUACCGUGUCAAAGUGAUUGACUUUGGCUCUGCAUGUCAUAGCUCCAAGGCUGUUCAGAAUACAUAUCUACAAUCGCGUUACUACCGUGCACCUGAGAUAUUACUUGGUCUUCCAUUUGAUGAGGCAAUAGAUAUGUGGUCGUUAGGAUGCGUUCUAGCUGAACUUUUUCUUGGCUGGCCUUUAUACCCUGGAUCUUCUGAAUAUGACCAAAUGCGUUAUAUAGUCGAAACACAAGGUCUGCCUCCCGCGGAUAUGUUGAAAAAUGCUGGAAAGUGCUGCACAUUUUUUGUGCGGGAUCAUUAUAGAUGUGAUUGGCGGUUAAAAACUCAAGAAGAGUAUGCUGCAGAAACUGGUCAGCAAGCCAAAGAAGCUAGGAAGUAUUUCUUCAGCUCAUUAAAUCAAAUCCGUGAUGUGAAUGGACCCUCUGCGUCUGAGGAAUCAGAUCUGGAUAUUGCAGAUCGCCAACAGUUUACUAAUCUUCUAACGCAAAUGCUAAAAAUGCGUCCAUCUGAUCGAAUCACACCUGAUUCAGCCCUUCAGCAUUCCUUUGUAACUAUGACUCACCUUCAUUGCCAACCUUUUUCUAAAAGAACUCAGGAGUCACUUUCAUUAAUGCAGGUUUGCUAUGGGAAUGCACAUAGACAACAUGCAGGUGAUUUCACCUUUGACUCGAAGCAUAUAUUAUCACUGCCUCACAAAGUUAUUACCACCUUUUCAGAAAGUUGUCAUUAUGUUACCUCCAAUGUUGUCAAUACUCGAACUGAAGCAUCUCCACAAGUUAAUCCUGCAUGUUAUCAAAAGAACCACAUACCUAAUUGCCGUGCUGAUGCUAGAGUUGCCUAUUAUGCUGCAGCUGCGGCCGCAGCAGCAGCAUUUUCAGCAAAGCCAACUUCGCAGCUUAUACCCAUUCCUAGUAAUAGUUCUUCCAGUCUACCGUGUUUGCAUCAGUAUGCUUCACUGAGUGCAGUAAAUGAAGCUCAUCAUUUAUCUACCAAUGUAGCGGAAUCAGGCAAAAUAUGCUCGAUUAUCGAGUACACUCCUGCAACCAUAAUAAUUUCUCAAAGUAAACCAGAAAUGUGCAUGCGACCUCGUCAGGUGACAGCGAAUCAUCCUCCAGCGACAUAUGCUCCUCCGUUACAGCGUUCCCUCUCGUUCUAUGACUUGGUAACUGCAGGUGGCGCUGGCGGUGCAUUAUCUCUGUUGAAUGCGGUUACUGCACCUGCACCAUCACCCUUUUUAAUGAACAACUCAGUCCAAACUCCAAAUGUUCAACCAUUGAAUGUUCUUUCUGCGAACACUUCCCGUACAAAUCAUAUACGACAGAUGCUGCACCACCCUCUCCAGUCUGUUUGUGUUCAACCGGGACUAAAUAGGUUAUCCUCUGCUGAAGGUGAUAACUCAUUUGUUUUAGAUAUUGCAAGUCAAGAGAAAAGGAGUACAGCUUAUAUUAGUCAGCAUGAUUGCAUUCAUCUGGCUUGCAGACCAAAAACUGGUUUAUGUGAUACUCUAUGUGCUUUAGUAAACCAGCAACAUUUGUAUCAAAGUCCAACAACUGCUGCUGCAGCCCUGGCGGUAGCACAUAGUCAACAGAAUUUCAGCAAUAAUCAGAAGUACCCAUCGAUUUCUUUUAGAGGUACUCAAAACAGUGAAUCCAAUUUUGUUGAAGAUAUGUCUAGAGGAUGUAGUGAGUGUCGUACAGACCGUCCGUCGCAAUUAGUGAUGGGCUCAUUGGUGAAUCCUAGGAUGCAUGAAGUCGUACGAUCAGACCCUACACAUACACGCUCAUCAGUGUAUGACGUGAACAGUUCAACAGCUCCACAAUUUUUAUCACGUCAAGAAUCUUCAUUUCAAAGCCAGGAACAACAACCUGUUGUAGCUAAUUAUUGUGAUAUCCGUAGACUUUCUAUGACACACAGCCAGUCAACCAACCAUUUUGUAAGUGAUGUGGAUUGCGUACCUAUGAAUUUGGUGACGAAUAAUUCAGAACCAACAGUAAAUAAUGCUGUGAACUUAUCUAUGCUUCCUCCAAGUUCAUCUUAUAAUCUGAGUCGUAUAAAGCGUUCAUCAGCUGCAAUUGAAUCAAGUUCUGAGAUUGUAAAUCAGAUUGCUCAUCGUUUAGCCCAGGAUGAUUCAUUUAAUUGUUCAUUAGAAAUGAUUCCAAAUAAUACUUCAAUCAAAUCAGAAUGUGGAUCUACAGGGUCAUACAAGUCAACCUUCGAUGUGAUGUGCCAACCACGCUCGGAUAAAAAAAAUGUUCCAAAAGGUAUUUUUUUUUUUGAAAAAUUGGCAAUGAUUUUAAAUUUUUCUGUUUUAGUACCAGUUGGCCGCGUCCAGCCAAUGAUUAAACAGGAAGAUUCACAUCGCAUACAUUCCUCUAAUCGGUCUAUAUCAUCACCUAACAACUAUAUCUCAUCUAACCGAGAGUCUGGAGUUUGGGGAGCUAAUCCUGGUCUGUUUGUGUUCACAUCACCGUUCCGACAGCAAUCUCUAAAUAGUAAUAGUAGUAAUAAUGUUAUUAAUGGUAAUAAUUCAAAUCCCCAGCGAAUGUGUCAUCAUUUGACCAAUGAUAUUUUUUCGAGUAACACUCAAAAGGCGACAGAGCAUACACCUAAUCGCAGACAUGUACGUAAACAUCCUCAAUUAUCCAUUACAAGAGAUGAUCAACAGGUGGUGCAGUCAAAUCACCAGUUAUCAGCAGCCCAUGCAGCGGCUGCCGCAUAUCAUAAUCUUAUGUUUUUCCAGUUGCAACAACAACAGUUACAACAACAAACUCAACAGCAACUUCAACACAGUCUCAUCACCAGAAUGCCUACUAUCCAUCAAGAGAGUAUACCCACUGCUUGUGAUGAAACUUCUUAUCAAAAUUCUCAACAGAUAUCAUCUCGAGAUUGGGCAACAACAGGUGGUCAUGAUUUUGUUGAACAUCCAGCAGGUGCAGCUGCUGCCGCUUCUUAUUAUGCUGCUGCAGCCGCCGCGGCAGCCGUUGCACACCACCAACAAACACGUAAACAAGAAUUAGGAUUUCUGAUUGAUCAGUCUAUACAACAUCUUCAUCCUGGUGGUGUCAAUCUACUACCUGCCUCUGACGAACACUCCUCUGAGUUGAGCACGGAAUAUGUAUAUCAUCAACGUAAUGUACCGGGUUUGUAG